CCUGCUUAAAAUAAAUUUUUGGGUGAGAUGGGUCUUGUAUUGCCUCCACUUACUGUUUGCAGACCUCAAUUUUUGGGUGAGAGGAACACACGGAGCUUGAGCGCUUGAGCUGCUUCAAGAAGAACAAGAAUCGAGCGAGAUGUGGAAACAGAGACCAUUGAGGCAAACACUCAAACACGUUACCUGCAUUGUAUAGGUUGGUUGAUCCAAAUUCAAAUGGAUGAGGAGGUGGUGUUGGAUUUGAACCAGAUCAGGGCGGUUCGCGUCCUGGGCCGUGGAGCCAUGGCCUCGGUCUUCCUCGUCAGCGCCGCACCCGGCAGUCGCCUCCCCACGCUCUUCGCCCUCAAGGUGUUCGACAAGCAGUCCGCCGCCAAACCCCACGCUCUCCGCCGCGCCCGCUGGGAGCUAUCCCUAUUGUCCCGCCUCUCAGCCGCUCCCGGUGAUCACCACCACCCGUUUCUCCCUUCCCUCCUUGGCUCCGUCGAGACGCCGGACCUCCUCGCUUGGGCGAUCCCCUUCUGCCCCGGCGGCGACCUCCACGCCCUCCGCCGCUCCCUUUCUCCUUCCAACGAGGAGGCGUUCUCCGCGGACGCGAUCCGCUUCUACCUCUCGGAAAUCGUCACCGCUCUCGCCCACCUCCACUCCAUGCGCGUCGCCUACCGCGACCUCAAGCCAGAGAACGUCCUCCUCCGUUCAUCCGGCCAUAUUAUGCUCGCCGAUUUCGAUCUCUCCCGCCACCUCCCUGCCAGAUCGACCACCCACUCCUCCCUUCCUCCUCCACUUCCCUCCGACAACCACAGCCACGCCCCCCGGAGGAAACUCACACGCGUGUUCUCCUUCGGCGCCGCGGACGACCAGAUCAAGAAAGGGAGGUCGGCGAGAGUCUCCCCGGCGAGUCGCCGUAGGACGAGUUCCUCGUCCAUCUCGAAAUCCAGAGAAGGAUCCGGUGGUGACGACGAGCGGUCGUUCUCGUUCGUGGGGACGGAGGAGUACGUGGCGCCGGAAGUGGUGCGCGGCGAAGGGCACGGCUUCGCGGUGGACUGGUGGGCGCUUGGGAUCCUGGCGUACGAAAUGGCAUACGGACAGACGCCCUUCCGGGGGCGGAACAGGAAGGAGACGUUGCGCAACAUUCUUACGCUGCCGCCAAUGUUCCCAGGCCGGCGGCGCACCGAUCUCACUGACAUUAUCGAGCGGCUCGUGGUCAAGGACCCGGAGAGGAGAUUAGGGUUUAGUGGGGGUGCGGAGGAGGUGAAGGCGCACCCUUUCUUCGAUGGGGUGAAAUGGGAGCUUUUGCCAGAGGUGGCACGGCCUCCGUUCCUGGCGCCGGUAGCUCAUAGAGAAAUAACAUAUAGUGCAUCUACAAACUCUGGUUUUGUCCAAUCUCAAAAGGAUGCAGAUGAUAUGCAAGGAUUAGUUUACGAGGCAUUUGGUAUUCCAGAGCAUAAUGAUAGUAUUAAUAGUACAUCAGCAUUUGAAAAUGAUAAGGAGAUUCCAACUAGAGAGGUAGAGAAAUUCUAUAAAUUAAUUGAUGAUUCACAAAAGGAAUUAUAUCCAGGUGUUGUAAAAAUAAGGGGAAUUUACGGGUGUUACAGUAAGAUUGGUAUAUUUGUUUUAAGAUAUGUUGAUUAUGAUCAUUUAACGGUUGAUGGAUUUAUCAAAGAUUAUACUCAUUGGGUAGCUCAUGGAGAAAUAGCAUAUAGUGCAUCUACAAACUCUGAUUUUGUCCAAUCUCGAAAGGAUGCAGAUGAUAUGCAAGGAUUAGUUUACGAGACAUUUGGGAUUCCAGAGCAUAAUGAUAGUAUUAUCAGUACAUCAGCAUUUGAAAAUGACAAGGAGAUUCCAACUAGAGAGGCAGAAAAAUUCUAUAAAUUAAUUGAUGAUUCACAAAAAGAAUUAUAUCCAGGUUGUAAGAAAUUCUCAAAACCUGCAUUUAUUAUUCGUUUGCUUCACUUGAAGUGUCGAGGGAAAAUGACCAACAAGAUUUUUGAUAUGCUUUUAAAUUUAUUGAGAGAAGCAUUUCCAAAUGCAAUGGAUGAUUUGCCUAAGUCGUACUAUGAAGCAGAAAAAUUGAUGAAUCAAUUAGGACUUGGUUACGAAUAG